UCGACAUGAAAUUACUUGUGAAUAUGCUUAUUUUCCUCUCAUUUUCGCAAUUAGUUUUUGCUACUAUGGCUGAAAUGCGAAGGAAAUCGCACACUGAAGAAUUCGAAGGAAUGUCAGCUUUGUUCAGAGCCAUGUCUUCCUCGCCAAACGAUGGAUACACCUACAAUUGGAGCGUAGUGUCCUUUUCAACUGAUGACCAACCAGAUUCAGGAUUAAAUUGCACUGUUUUGUAUCUGGAUCAGUGCACGUCUUGGAAUAGAUGCCGCCAGACAUGCCUCAAAACGGGAGCUACCAGCUACAGAUGGUUUCAUGAUGGUUGCUGCGAAUGCGUGGGCGAACAUUGCAUGAAUUAUGGCAUAAACGAGAGCAGGUGUCGACUGUGUCCUGAACCUGGAUUCGAUGAUGAGGAGGAUUGAGGAGUACU